GGGAAACCUCAGCCUCGCUUAGGGUUCUGGGCACCAGAGUGUGGGACAGGGGGUUUCUCUUUGCUCUUGUGGGUGGGCAGGUUAAUAGUCUCUCAUUUUGAAGAUGGGAAAACCAAGGCAGCCGUGAAAGGCAGAACAGUGUUGUGGUUCUGGGGCUCUGGGGCCUGGCAGCCGUGUUGAGGCCCAGCUCCAUCAUGACUUAGCUGUGAGCCCUGGGCAAGGUCCUUGAGCUCUCUGUGCCUCUGUUUCCUCAUUUGCAAAAUGGUGGCAGUUAUACUACCUGCCCUGUAGCGCCCCGUGGGGGUUGGAUGAAUCCAUCCAGAGUGCUCAGAACGUGGCCCGGCCCAGAGCUCAGCUCCACAGUCUGUUUUCGGACAGUUUGGUCCCAUGUCCCCCAUUGCUGCCUGCAUCCCGAGGCAGCUGUUAACCUGUUUUCUCACUGUAUGGAUUUGCCUCUUCUGGACAUUUCGUGGACACGGAAUCGUGGCAUAGCUGGCUGCUUUUAACUCGACAUCGUGGUUUCGAGGCUCACUCGUGGUCAGCAUGUAUCAGUACCUCCUUCUGUUUUAUGGAUGAAGAGGACUCCGUGGUGUGGUUCUGUACAGCACAUUGUGUUUGUGCGUUGCUGGCUCUUUGGGUCGGUUCCACUUUGGGGCUAUUAUGAACAGUGCGGCCGUGGGCAUCCCACACAAGUUUUUGUGUGGACAGGUGUCCUUUCUCUUGGGCACAUCCCUGGGAGCGGAAUUGCUGGAUCCAAUGGAAACACUAGGUUUCAUGUUUAAAGGAACGGGCAGAUGGUUUGCAUUUCCAAUAACAAGGUUAUAGUUGUAAGUAUUUUGUCUCCAGGUUGCAUGUGAGAAGGUGAGGCGCAGGGAGGCUAGCCACUUGGGCACGGGGCCCAGGACGGGGCAGCAGUGGGGGUACUCCAGAUGUGAGCUGGGAAGAGGCCCCGGCAUCCCCCUGCCCUCUGCCCCCGGGGUCUGCCUUUACAGGCUGUGGGGCUGGGGGCCUGUCCUUCAGGCCUUCUGAACUGGUUUCCUCGGCUGCCUGCAAAAUGGUGGGGAGCUGGUGGUGGGGACGGUGACCCCAUAUGUGUUCACGGUGGGCCAGGCCCUGCGGUGUCUGCUCUCUUUGCCUCACUCCCCGCCCCCAGCAGCCCCGUGAGGUGAGGACACGCACGUUUGUGGUGAGGAGCUGGCCCAGGUCCACACAUUGCAAGAGGCAAAGUUGGGACCGGAACCCAGGCCUGAUUCCAGAACCUUGCCCUUUACCACCAGCCGUCCCAGCCUGAGAUCAGGAGAUGGCAGAGCUGCCAGGGCUCAGGCCAGACCAGUCAGGCUCCAGACUGUUCGUCCUACUGCUGCCAUAAGCUCUGGCCCAGGAAGCGAGGAGGAGUCGCUGUGUUGCUACCUGAGUGAGCUUUUAGGAAGUCACCGCUGCCUCGGGCUGACACGUAGCAGAUCUGAGAGGGCCGCACACAGAGGGUUCAGUGCACACGCUGCCGUGCCUCCAGCAGCUUCUCCCAGAGGCUGUCAUGUACCCUGUGCGUCCAGCCUCGAUGACCUAUGAUGACAUUCCACACCUCUCAGCCAAGAUCAAGCCCAAGCAGCAGAAGGUAGAGCUUGAGAUGGCCAUCGACACCCUGAACCCCAACUAUUGCCGCAGCAAAGGGGAGCAGAUCGCACUCAACGUGGACGGCGCCUGCGCGGACGAGAGCAGCACUUACUCCUCGAAGCUGAUGGACAAGCAGACGUUCUGUUCCUCCCAGAGCACCAGCAACACAGCCCGUUAUGCUGCCGCGCUCUACAGACAAGGUGAGCUGCACCUGACGCCUCUUCAUGGCAUCCUGCAGCUGCGGCCCAGCUUCUCCUACCUGGAUAAGGCGGACGCCAAGCACCGGGAGAGGGAGGCGGCCAAUGAGGCAGGAGACUCUUCUCAGGAUGAGGCGGAAGAAGACGUGAAGCAGAUCACGGUGCGGUUCUCCCGUCCUGAGUCGGAGCAGGCCCGCCAGCGCCGCGUGCAGUCCUACGAGUUCCUGCAGAAGAAGCACGCCGAGGAGCCCUGGGUGCACCUGCACUACUAUGGCCUGAGGGACAGCCGCUCUGAGCACGAGCGCCAGUACCUACUGUGCCAGGGUUCCGGUGGGGUUGAGAACACUGAGCUCGUCAAGUCACCCAGUGAGUACCUCAUGAUGCUGAUGCCACCCAGCCCAGAGGAGGAGAAAGACAAACCCGUGGCUCCCAGCAACGUCCUGUCCAUGGCCCAGCUGCGUACCCUGCCCCUGGCUGAUCAGAUCAAGAUCCUGAUGAAGAAUGUGAAGGUCAUGCCUUUUGCCAACUUGAUGAGCCUCCUGGGCCCUUCCAUCGACUCUGUGGCUGUUCUGCGUGGCAUCCAGAAGGUGGCGAUGUUAGUCCAAGGAAACUGGGUCGUGAAGAGUGACAUCCUGUACCCCAAGGACUCCUCCAGCCCUCACAGUGGUGUGCCUGCCGAGGUGCUCUGCCGGGGUCGCGACUUUGUUAUGUGGAAGUUCACGCAGAGCCGGUGGGUGGUGAGGAAAGAGGUGGCCGCCGUGACUAAACUCUGCACGGAGGACGUGAAGGACUUCCUGGAGCACAUGGCCGUGGUGAGGGUCAACAAAGGCUGGGAGUUCAUACUGCCUUCCGAUGGGGACUUCAUCAAGAAACAUCCAGAUGUGGUCCAGCGGCAGCAUAUGCUGUGGACGGGCAUCCAGGCCAAAUUAGAAAAAGUGUAUAAUCUUGUGAAGGAAGGCUUGCCCAAGAAGCCAGAUGGACAAUCAGGGCCUGCUGCGCUGCUCUCUGGGGACCAGCGGGUCCAGGCGGCCAAAAGCAAGGCCCAGCAGAACCACGCACUGCUGGAACGCGAGCUGCAGCGGAGGAAGGAGCAGAUGCGGGCGGCCGCGGUCCUGCCCGGCGUGCGGAUCAAGGAGGAGCCCAUGAGUGAGGGAGAGGACGAGGAAGAUCAAGACGCAGAGGAAGACGAGGAGCCCAUGGACACCUCUCUCGGGGGCGGCCUCCACGACAGGCUGGCCAACGGGUUGCCUAGCGGGCGGGCGGCCGGCGGGGACAGCUUCAAUGGGCACCCGCUGCCAGGCUGUGCCAGCACCCCCGUGGCCCGGGAACUGAGGGCCUUCGUGGAGGCCACCUUCCAGAGACAGUUCGUGCUCACGCUGAGUGAACUCAAGCGCCUCUUCAACCUGCACCUGGCCAGCCUGCCCCCCGGCCACACGCUGUUCAGCGGCAUCUCGGACCGCAUGCUGCAGGACACGGUGUUGGCCGCCGGCUGCAAGCAGAUACUGGUGCCUUUUCCCCCCCAGACCGCUGCGUCCCCAGAUGAGCAGAAGGUGUUCGCCCUCUGGGAGUCUGGAGACAUGAGCGAUCAGCACCGACAGGUUUUGCUUGAAAUCUUUUCUAAAAAUUACCGGGUACGCCGGAACAUGAUCCAGUCACGGCUGACUCAAGAGUGCGGAGAGGAUCUGAGUAAACAGGAGGUGGAUAAAGUGCUAAAGGACUGCUGUGUAAGCUAUGGCGGCAUGUGGUACCUUAAAGGGACGGUGCAGUCUUGACAGUAGUCACAGACCACUAACCCAGAGAAUCCAAGCCCAAGGAAGGACGGCGGAGCCGGCAGACGUGGCAGUGGUCUCGCGGCUUCGGAAGACCCGGAGCAAGAGGAACUGACCGUGCCGCGGCGGGGGCGGGGUGCUGUCUGGCGGCCAGCGGGGAUCUUCCUCCGCCAGGGGCAGGGUCAGCUGAAGUUCGAUCGCUCCCGGGACGGAGGGCAGCCGGGACCUUCAUUACAGUAUAAUUUGAAAUUCCUGAUGUAUUUUGCUUAUUAUUUGGUUCAUUCUCGUAAUAAAGAGAGUGUAUACUGACCACAGGCAGGCUGAUGAAAAUCAUGGUUUAAUAUUUUGCUUUUCAAACUUCAUGCCAACAAGGUCUAAGUUAUGUUUACAAGAUGAAGAAAACCUCAAGGUUUUAAAUAUUUAAAAUGCCUAGAAGCCAGUAUUUAGUCCUCAAUUACCUAUCUGCUAAGACUUCUGCCAAUUUCAUUAAACAGACCAAAUCGAA